AGUCCAAACCUUCAAAACCCCAACAUCCAAUUUCUGCUACUCCAUCGCUAAUACCGAUAAUGGCUGCAAAACCUCUCUAAUCCCAAGCCAUGGCGACUUCCAUUCCCGCCCUCUCCGCUCCAAGCCCCUCUAUUCUCAGACUCAAAAUUACUUCAUUUUCUCCUCUCAGCAUUCGACCACAUAAACAAACCAUUCAAUUUCGCUCUUCAACCAAAGUUCAAUUUUUGAACCCAAUACAAGCUCAUAAUUUUCCUGGGUUUUCCGGGAAAGCAAUUGGGUUUUUGUUUGAAAGAAGGUUUAGGGUUCGUGUGAGUGCAAAAAGUGAUGGCGUUGAUGAAGCUGAGGAAGAGACUGGAGGAGAGAGUACUAUGCCUGAGCGGUUCAGGUACUUGACCAAAGAAGCUCCUGAUCCUCCUGUGAGGUGGCCUUGGUUUGUAGCGUUGGUCUUCCUUAUUUAUGCAUGGAGAGCUGUCUUGCUGGAAUUAGCUAACUGGAGAAAGGCUGCACUGGCUGUUGUCCGUUUUGUGGGAUACCUCUUGAAACUUAUCUUGGCCCUAAUCUUCCAUUUCCUUGGUGAUCCCAUUACUUUCAUAAUCAGAUUCAUAGAAACGACAAUCUAUGCCCUUCACUCUUUCUACUCUGGCAUAGUGGCAUAUGCUCCAAUUCCAGAAUUGACAACGGUUAUCAUGCUGGCAUCAACCAUCCUUGCUAUCGCAGAAGCUGUUGUUCCAAACUCUAUAAACUGUCAACCAUUUCUUCUCACAGCAUCUGGUGUAGUAGGCUAUGCAGCUGUGACAGGUUACAUCUCAGAGCCUUUCUUCUGGACAAUUCUAGUGGGGUUGUACGGUUACUCACGAUUUGUUAAAAAGAGGGAUGAUGUUACAUCUGCAUUACCCGCAGCAGCUGUGCUGGCUGCUGUAGGAGAACCGUAUAUUAGAGUUUUGGUGAUCUCAUCAUAUCUCGCCUUAGCCAUUUUGCACCACUCAAAGAAGCUUUCGGAAAGAAAGGAAGAAAUUGUAGUGACUAAUAGUAAGCUUCCAAUGCCCUUGCUCGGCGUAGCCUUAGCCAUCGGAAUUCGUCUUGCUGCUAAGUGGGCUGGGUACCGGCAUUUGACAUGGAUGAUAGUAUGAGUGUUAAGAAUACCAUUACAUGCCUAUUGGACUGCAAGGGAAGUGACCUUGUGUCUUGUGUGAGAUGUCUCAAGUUUGCGGUGACAGAAUUAUACCCUUUGUUUUUGUCAACUGAAUUCAGUGAUCUCUCUGUAAUUUAGAUUGUAGUAGUGAUCUUGUUUUGUGCUUCCCAUUUUUGUCUUCCAUGUUUCAUCUCAGCUUGACUAGAAUUCAAUGAUUGUACAACUCCAGAAAUUUCAAAGUAGCUAGUCUCCCUAUAAUUUAAA